UAACUUCUUUGACAGAGAUAUUCCUUCGGACUUAUGAGCUGUUGCUUCCGAAAUUACUUCACUUUGAUAAUUGACUAUCAAAAAUAAUAAAGCGUAUCUAAGCUAGGUGGUAACUAGAAAUGCUUAAAACUUAGCAAACUUUCAACACUGUCAGCGCAACAGAAUUGAUUUAUAUGAUAUAAGAAGGACACUGAGGAGAAAAUUUAUUUUAUGCACCUUGUUUUACAUAUUUUUAUACAUAUUCAUUAAUGAGCAACAAUAUAGGUCACUGUAAGCUGUGUUCGCAAGAAACAAACAGCAAUUUGUUAAAAAGUACAUACAUAUAUAAUGCUAAGAUUACUUGAUUUGAUUAGCAGAAUCCGAAGUUGCGAUUUCACAUGUAAUAAAAGUACUUGUAAUAAUGAAAUAAUAAAAUUUAACUGUAUUUCUCGCUUUUUAGGAAACUGGAUGUUUAUAGCCUUUCGAAUUUAUUCGUGUCUCAAUACUUCUCUUGAUUAACGUAGUCACUGACGUAAAAGACCAUAUUCGUGAUUUGACUCGUGUCUGAUCUCUCUCUUCCUUCGUUGGCUCCCACACAGUGAAGACGGAAAGAUGUCACUCGCCGACCCUAUUUCGUUUUUGAAAGAUUUUGCGGCAGGUGGUGUGGCUGCGGCAAUUUCUAAAACUACUGUAGCUCCUAUUGAAAGAGUUAAGCUUCUUUUACAAGUGCAACAUGCAUCCAAACAAAUUACAGCGGAUAAACAGUACAAAGGCAUGGUCGACUGUUUCAUCCGUAUUCCCAAGGAACAAGGAUUCCUCAGCUACUGGAGAGGAAAUCUAGCCAAUGUUAUUAGGUAUUUUCCCACUCAGGCCUUGAACUUUGCAUUUAAGGACAAGUAUAAGCAAAUUUUCCUUGGAGGUGUUGAUAAGAAGACACAGUUUUGGAGGUACUUUGUCGGGAAUCUCGCAUCAGGUGGAGCAGCCGGUGCGACGUCUCUCUGCUUUGUCUACCCAUUGGAUUUCGCUCGAACAAGGUUGGCAGCCGACAUUGGUAAGGCUGGUGCGGAAAGAGAAUUUACUGGAUUGGGAAACUGUAUAGCGAAAACCUUUAAGUCCGAUGGCCUCGUGGGUCUGUACAGAGGCUUCGGUGUUUCCGUGCAAGGAAUCAUUAUCUACCGAGCAGCGUACUUCGGUUGCUUCGAUACAGCCAAAGGAAUGUUGCCAGACCCGAAGAACACUCCUUUCAUCAUUUCCUUCUUAAUCGCUCAGGCUGUAACGACAUUUGCGGGUAUUAUGUCAUACCCAUUUGACACCGUUCGUCGACGUAUGAUGAUGCAGUCUGGACGUGCAAAGGCUGACAUGAUGUACAAGAACACUCUGGACUGUUGGGGCAAGAUCUACAAAACUGAGGGUGGUGGUGCUUUCUUCAAGGGUGCCUUUUCAAAUAUUCUCAGAGGCACUGGUGGUGCUCUCGUCCUUGUGCUUUAUGAUGAAAUCAAGGCACUCCUUUAAAUUGUGAAGAGUUUGGUAGUAUUCACUCAAGUUGAACAUUCCAUUGUUCAUUCCAUUGCUCAUGGCAUUCCCAGAAGAGACACUAUAGUAAAUCACUACAGCUAGAAGUGUGAUAUGAAACCAAGGAAACAUUCCAACAAAUGCAUUUGUUAUGUAAUUUUUCAGGCUGACUUGAGUAUUUAAUUGUAAUAUACACAACAGAAUUAAAAUGGAAAAUUAAUUUAUUA